AGCAGGGCGUCUGGUUCUGUGUUAGCGGUAGAGAGCAUGUGGGUCUCCGGCUUGCUGUCCCUGGCGCGAACCCCAGCCAGGCUGCUGCGGGGUGUGCUGCCCGCUUCGGGCCACCGAGGGCCUGCCAUCUCCUCCUACUCCGCAUCUGCCGAGCCCUCCCGGGUCCGGGCGCUCGUCUAUGGGCACCACGGGGAUCCACCCAAGGUCGUCGAACUGAAGAACCUAGAGCUGGCUGCUGUGGGAGGAUCAGACGUCCAUGUGAAGAUGCUGGCGGCCCCUAUCAAUCCAUCUGACAUAAAUAUGAUCCAAGGAAAUUAUGGCCUCCUUCCCAAGCUGCCUGCUGUUGGUGGGAACGAAGGUGUUGGACAGGUGGUGGCCGUGGGCAGCAAUGUAACUAGUUUGAAGCCAGGAGACUGGGUGAUUCCAGCAAAUGCCAGUUUGGGAACCUGGCGGACUGAGGCUGUGUUCAGCGAGGAAGCAUUAAUGAGAGUUCCAAGUGACAUCCCUCUUCAGACUGCUGCCACCCUGAGUGUCAAUCCCUGCACCGCCUACAGGAUGUUGAUGGACUUCGAGCAGCUGCAGCCAGGCGAUUCUGUGAUCCAGAAUGCAUCCAACAGUGGAGUGGGACAAGCAGUCAUCCAGAUCGCCGCAGCCUUGGGCCUGAGGACCAUCAACGUGGUCCGAGACAGACCUGACAUCCAGAAACUAACUGACAGACUGAAGAAUCUAGGGGCUGAACACGUCAUCACAGAGGAAGAGUUAAGAAGGCCUGAAAUGAAAAACAUCUUUAAGGACAUGCCCCAGCCACGGCUUGCUCUCAACUGUGUCGGCGGGAAGAGCUCCACAGAGCUGCUGCGGCAGUUAGGGCCUGGAGGAACUAUGGUGACCUAUGGAGGGAUGGCCAAGCAGCCCAUCAUAGCCUCUGUGAGCCUGCUCAUUUUUAAGGAUCUCAAACUUCGGGGCUUUUGGAUGUCCCAGUGGAAGAAGGACCACAGUCCAGACAUGAUUCCUGGAGUUUGUGCAGCAUCUUUGACCAUGUUGAAAAUGGGAUGGCAGUAAGAUCAAAGCCUGGCUCGCUGACACCCAGAGCCCACGUGCUUACCUUGGGACUAGCUUUACCUGAGAAAUAAGUUUCUAUCUUAUUUAAGGCCCUAAUAUUCAGGGUUUCACUGAACCUAAUCCUAAGUGAUAUAAAUUCAUUGAUUUAACUUAUUGAAAACAAGACAUCUGAAGCUGAGAAAGUGAAUUGUGGCUGUUUAUGAUUUCCAGUUAAGAAAUCUGGGCUUUAUCCUGUUAGCAGCAGAGACAAAAAUUUCUGAGCCAGAAGAUAAGAACUAUGCUUUGGAAAAUCCUUCCGGCAGCAGUUUAGGGGACAAUUUGGAGGAGGGAGGCACUAGAGAAAAUCAGACUCCCAGCCUCUGAAUUUCAGAUGAGUAAACCCCCGCCCUUUCUCUAAAUUUCAAAGACCAGCUAGGGGUUCCAACAUUUAAGAAGCCAGCAGAGGUAAAGGAAACUGAGACAAAGCAUAAUGUCAAAAAAGAAUAUGACUUAAAAUCAUCUUUUCUAUUUUUUCAUUUAGUUGGUUGAUUGGUUUUGCUUUUCUUUGAGACAUGGUCUUGCUCUGUCACUUGGGCUAGAGGACAGUAGCUCAUCAUAGCUAAUUGCAACCUCAAGCUCUUGGGCUCAAGCAAUCCUCUUGCCUCAGCCUCCCAAGUAGUUGAGACUACAGGCAUGUGCCGCUGCACCCAGCUAAUUUUCUGUUCUUAGUAGAGACAUGGUUUUGCUCUUGCUCAGGCUAGUUUUGAACUCCUCCAUGCUAGGAUUUCAGGUGUGAGCCACUGUGCCCAGCCUAUCUCUUCUAUUCUUUACAAAUGUAGGAGGAUUGUUUUUAAUUUUCAAACUAAAUAAUAUCUAUGGAGUAGGGACAGCUCUUCUGGCCCACUAAGUAAACAAUAUCUUUUUUAAAAGGCUAAAGGAGGAACCCUUGGCACCAGAAAAUUAAAAGACAAAACAGGCAUUACCUCCUAAAUCAAAAGGCUUCACGAUUCUGCUGCCUCUCCAGGGCCUCUUCUGGGACCACCUAUCUUGUAACCAUCUUUAGCCACUGCCUCAAUAUUGGUGAAUAUGUUACGUUUUGGGAGGUGAGCCCACUUUCUUCAGGGGAAGACUGAAGACUGGGAGAAAAGGGUUCUUACAUUAACCUGUGUGUGCCAAGCAUUCCUGUCCUGCGCAUGAAAACUCUUAGCAACACCUGCCAGCUCCAUACUUACUGGCAGGUGCCACGGACACUGGGUCCAGCCCCAGCAGCUAAAAAUGGUGGAGAAGAAAGAUUCAGUCCUGACACAGCAUCUGCCUGCAUGUGAAGGCAGGAACUUUCUUGGGACUACAGCAGGGCUAGCCAAAAGGUAAGGGAGAAGGAGACACUGCCAUCUUCUGAAAGAGAAGAAUAAAGCCUUCCUCGUGCCCAUAACUUUUCUGUACACAAAUACAUUCACAUGCAUCUUCAUUUGAUUUUUACAACUUUUCCUGUAUUAUUGAGAUGUUACUAUCACCAACUUACAAGAGAAGAUCACAUAGCAGGUAGCAGAACUGGCACUAGAAUUCAGUUUCCCUGACACUGUCUGGUCACCAAACCAGUCCCAAUUCUUUUUGCCCCACAGUUGGCCUUGGAACUCCCUCUAUCCUCAAGACUUCUUGAUAAUGUUCUUGACAUGUGAACUUUAAUAGUCAUGUCAACCAGAAGAGUUCAAAUUUUCCUGAGUCUGUGUCUCAUGGAAAAAAAAAAAAAGAAUCAAGAGGCCAUUGAAGUAAUUCAGGUAAGAGAUCAUUUAUUCAUUCAAUAAAUAUUUUAAACACUGACUAUGUGAAAGGCAUUGUUGUAGGUACUGGGACUACAUCAGGAGACAAAAAAACAUGGCCCCUGAUACCAGCAAAGUUACAUUCUAGUGGAAGAGAAAGACAGUGAAGGAGAAGAUAAAUAAGGUAAUUGCAGACUACAUAGUAAGUGCUGUAAAGUAUGAUGCCAGAGGGAACUUGAGAUAAGGUGGGCCAGGAAGGUCCAAGGCCUGAAUAGGAAAGAACCAGUCACAUUACAAGUAGAGGGGCAGCACCUAUAAAACCCCUGAUAUGUCACCAGUAUGAGGUCUCCACUAGAUCAGGAAGUGGGAAUGGAGAGAAGUGGAUGAAUUUGUGAAUAUUUGGAAGGAAGAAUCAAAAGGACAGACUAAAUGGCUUGGCACUCGUGUUCAAUGGUUAGGGCACAGACUACAUACACCGGAGCUGGUGGGUUCAAACCCAGCCAAGCCUGCUGAGCAACAAUGACAACUACAACAAAAAAAUAACCAGGCGUUGUGGUGGGCACCUGUAGUCUCAGCUA